GUUCAUCAAUGUCUUCCAUGAUUUUACUUUUGCUGAGUGUAUACUUUUAAAUGUGCGCCUAAUGCAUCACUGUCGACCGAAUGUUGGACUGCUGUAGAGAACCACUGCGGCUCGGGGUCAACAGUCUGCCAGCUUGGCACACUAAUGAGGGUGACCCAGCUGGAGCAGGUAUCCGUUAUGAUGAUUAAGGACAGGCAAAGAAAGACCCGUUACAAUGAGGCUUCAAAGCCUCUUUGACUAAAAUCCGCCCUCGUUAUUUGCGCUGCACCGUAUUGUGAACAAAUCUACACCGACAUGCCAUUGAGAAGAGUUAGUUAAAGCUUCACGCAAAGUGGAUAUAAUAGAUCAUUCACUGAGCGCUCAGAGUUGGUUGGUUUGCAUGGUUUGUGAAUGCACAAAUCUUCUCUGUCUGGUACUGGGGAAUAGUACCCACACACAUCUUCUCUGUCUAGUACUGGGUAAUAGUACCCACACCAAUCUUCUCUGUCUAGUAGGCUACUGGGUAAUAGUACCCAGUUCUUACCCGCUGUAGUAGUUCACAUGGUUUCCUGCGACACGGUGCAACCGGGUGAAACAAAUCGAGGAACCCGCUUGUUUCUGUUUACGUCACAUGACCUGUCAAAAUCAGUGAUGGCGGAGGCGGAUGAAACAGACAUGAUGAUGAAUUACCACGGGGGAUUCGAAAAAAUUGACAAAAAAAACUGUCGUUAUCCGUAUUGCAUUGUUUGGACACCAAUCCCCAUUCUGUCGUGGGUUUUGCCCUUCAUUGGUCACAUGGGCAUAUGUACCUCCUCAGGCGUGAUCCGAGACUUCGCGGGAUCAUACUUUGUGUCUGAGGGCAAUAUGGCUUUUGGGCGGCCAACCAAGUACUGGCAGUUGGACGUUGACAAGGUGUGUGGCAGUGGGUCUGCAGCUUGGGACAAGGCAGUGAGUGACUCGUCAGAGGAGUACAAACGCAGAACGCAUAACCUCUGCUGUGACAACUGCCACUCUCAUGUGGCCCUCGCCCUCAACCUGAUGCACUAUGACAACAGCACCUCCUGGAACAUGGGGAAGCUCUGUGUGCUGGCCCUCCUCCACAGCAAACACGUCAGCUGUGUGGCGUUUCUCAAGACCUGGUUGCCCUUCUUAAUGCUCAGUGGAGUCAUUGCUACCUUCAUCCUAGCGCUCAACCUGCACUGACCUCAGGGGACGACCGAGGGAGACGAAGAGAGAGGACCACAGCCUGCUCCCUUUUCAGCAGAACGGACAUGUUAAUGGUCUGACUUUGACAAGCCAAAUUGUGUUCAAUGUGGAAAACUAAAUCUGUUUGUUACUUUUGAAACGCUGUAUUUCUUCUUUUCUCCCCCUUAGAAAGUAAAAUCAGUUUGAUCAGAAUGUGUUAAAUAUUCAUAUUUCCAUCAUUUAUUUUAGUUUGUCACACAUAACCAUGUGAGCUGCCUGUCAACAUUUCCUUUUCCAAUUUCAGAGAAAACUUGAAUGUUUGGGAAUUACAAACCAAAUAAGAGCAAUAGAAUAAUCAUUUAGUUGUUCAUUUAUUUAAAGUUUUUGUUAUUUAUUUAGAAAAUGUGCAUAUCUAUGUAUUCCAUGUGUUUUUGCAAUAUAAACUAUUUUG